AUGGUGUACAGACAGGAAAAGGAGCUCCAACAGUUAUGUAUGAAGAUAAUGCUGCUUGCAUCGCACAAUUCAAGGAUGGAUACAUCAAAGGAGACAAGAACGAAGCACAUCCUACCGAAAUUUUUCUUCACCCAUGAGUUACAGAAGAAUGGUGAUGUAAGUGUACACCAGAUUCGUUCAAGCGAGAAUUUGGCGGACUUCUUUACUAAGGCGCUUCCAACAUCUACUUUCAAGAAACUAACUCAUAUAAUUGGACUGCAUCGUCUCAAGGAUCUCAGUGGAUGUCCACAUGAGAGGAAGUAA